AUAGCUAACAGUAGUCCUUUUCCGCUUUCUGUGGUGGCGAUCUUCAACGUUUUUUAUGCCAUUGUUUUCAUCAUUUCAGUCGUUGGUAAUACAUGGGUUAUAAUAACCGCCUAUACCAUUCUGAAGAGAACACAUUCUCCCAUGAUGUGGUUCUUGGCAAAUUUAGCGUCCGCAGAUCUCUUGUUUACUUUUCUUACAGUUUUUGAUGUUAUUACCUUUCAUUGGCGUUGGGUGGGCGGUAACGGAACCUGUAAACUUGUGGCAUUUCUCGUGGAAGCAACCUACACAGUUUCAAUAACAACUCUUGUGGUGUUAAGCUAUCAGAGACUGAAAGCUGUUGUUGAUCCUUUAAAUGCAAGAAUUGGUAGCUGCCCACGAAAAGAAUUUUUGAAAAUUGUCACAAUCUGGGCCAUUGGCUUAGCGGUUUGUUCGCCUUUAGCACACAUUUAUCGCGUGGAAACACAAGAUAACGGUAAAUUAGCUUGUGCUAAUACUAAAUGGGGAAAUAUUGGCCAAAAAAUAUUUUACACUUUGCACGCCAUUCUUUUUUUCAUCGUUCCUUUGUUGUAUAUGAUUUUUACUCAAACUCAGAUUCGUCGCGCUCUUCGUUCAAGAGUUCAGACCAUAAACAAUACUUUCUUGGAGCGGAGAUUUAAUCAACGACACAAGAAAGUUGCUACAACACUUGCAGCAUUAACUACAGCGUUUGUUAUCUGUUGGUCCCCUUUUAUGGUCACACGAACACUUUUGUACUAUCACCUAGCUUCAAAAGAUUUAAUUUGGACAGGAUCUCAACUCUUAAUAUGCCCAAACGCAGCAUUGGAUCCCUUGUUAUACGGGUACUUCGGCGGAAACCUCAAAAGUGCAUUACGAAGACUCCUGCGGUACAGUUACUCACAACAGCAACGUCCUAAUGUGAUCCCUUUGACAGAUAUUCGAACAAACACGAUUGGAAAAAAAGGAAAUAUACAUGUAACAGAAAAAACAAACUGA